GGACAUAAUGCUGCGAAUUGACAGAGUGUACGUAAUUUAAAAUGGCCCUCGAUACGAUAGAUCGAAGAAAAUGGCAAACGAAAGGCGGACGAUUAAAUAAAUUUGUUAGAAAACGAAUACCUAUUGUGGCAUGGUUGCCAAAAUAUAAUUCUGAAAAAUUUUUUAACGAUGCUAUCGCUGGCAUUACCGUUGGGCUUACUGUUAUGCCGCAAGGACUUGCUUAUGCUACUUUAGCUGGCUUAGAACCUCAGUAUGGACUUUAUUCUGCAUUUAUGGGAGCUAUAGUGUAUAUAGUAUUUGGUUCAUGUAAGGAUAUCACAAUUGGGCCCACUGCUCUUAUGGCACUGAUGACUCAUGAGUAUGUUCAGGGUAGAAAUGCAGAUUUUGCAAUAUUGUUAGCCUUUUUGUGUGGUUUAUUACAACUGUUUAUGGCUUUCUUGCGGCUAGGGGUACUUAUAGAUUUUAUUUCAAUACCAGUGACAGUUGGUUUUACAUCUGCAACAUCUGUUAUAAUUGUAGUUUCUCAGCUUAAGGGACUUUUAGGAUUAAAAAUCUCCUCACAAGGCUUCUUAGAUACUUUAACAAAAGUGUUACAAAAUAUUCAUAAGACUAGUUUAUGGGAUACUGCAAUGAGCUCCUCUUGUAUCAUUAUUUUAUUAUUGUUUAGGAAAAUGAAAGAUAUCAAGAUAUGUUCAAAUGAUGAGAAGCCAAAUAAAUAUCAGAGGAUAGUGAUGAAAAUUAUAUGGUUAAUAUCAACAGCUAGAAAUGCUGUCAUUGUUAUAGCUUGUUCUGCUAUUGCUUAUAAGUUGAAUUCAGCAGAAUAUGGUUCUCCAUUUAUUCUUACUGGCCCUGUAAGAUCUGGUCUACCAUCUUUUGGGUUGCCUCCCUUCUCUACACAAGUAAAAAAUCAGACAUUAAGCUUUACCGAAAUGUGUUCAGAAUUGGGUGCAUCUAUAGCAUUGGUACCAAUAAUUGGAGUUCUUGGAAAUGUAGCAAUAGCAAAAGCUUUUGCAAAUGGUGGUAAAGUAGAUGCCACUCAAGAACUAAUUACUUUAGGAAUUUGUAAUGUCCUUGGAUCUUGUGCAAGUGCAAUGCCAGUCACUGGCUCCUUUAGUAGAUCUGCAGUGAAUCAUGCUAGUGGUGUAAAAACACCAAUGGGUGGUUUAUACACUGGAAUAUUAAUAUUGCUGGCACUGAGUCUACUUACACCAUAUUUCUACUUUAUACCAAAGGCUUCCCUGUCUGCAGUAAUCAUCUGUGCAGUAAUAUACAUGAUUGAAUACCAAGUUGUGAAACUGAUUUGGAAAACUAGUAAAAAGGAUUUAAUUCCAAUGUUUGUCACAUUUUUGUUUUGUCUGAGUAUUGGAGUGGAAUAUGGAAUUUUAUUAGGUAUAGGAACAAAUCUUGUGUUCUUAUUAUAUCCUUCUGCACGUCCUUCAAUACAUGUUGAUAAGUGCACAACUAUCUCUGGGGCUGACUAUCUCUUAGUAACACCUGGAAACAGUCUUUAUUUUCCUGCUGUGGACUUUAUUAAAAAAUCAGUUGGCAAUGCUGGCAUAAAACAAGGCUCUAGUCAAGUACCAGUUGUAGUUGAUUGUAGAUAUAUUUUAGGAGCUGAUUUUACUGCUGCAAAAGGAAUAGCAACAUUGAUAAAUGAAUUUAACAAUCGAAAACAAGGUUUAUAUUUUUAUAAUCCGCGAGCAGAUGUUAUUGCUGUACUUAAAGGAGCUUGUGGAGACGAGUUUCAAUAUAUUUCCACUCAAGAUGAAUUAUCGUACUUAUUAUCAACGCAUCAAGGUUGUAAUAUAAAUACAACUAAUUUUAAAUUAAUGUUAAGUAGUCCUGAAGUCAUUCAUCGAAAUGGACGUUCAUGCCAGGAACUUCAUGAAGUUACAACUACAUUAUUACAUGCUACAGCUAGUUAA